GAGACAAACCGAAGGCGAAGUGGAGGGAGUGCAAAAAACAUGAUAUACGCUCACAUGGAGAUGGAGGUACAGAGAUAGAGUGAUUUUGAGAAGUUGAUGCCAUCUGUUGCAGAAUAAAGAGAAAUUCGGGCUUCCCAAAGCUGCUUCUCUCUGUGGGUUUUGGUCAUUUCUGAAACUGACGAGAGAGACCAGCCAAACAAAGCACGUUUUACUUGUGCUCUCUCUCAAUUUUCUUCUCCAGAAAAAACCCCAUUGAUCCUCUUCCGCAUCUGUAUCGGAAAUUCGAAUUCUUGCUCCUGGUGAAAUGGGUGUGGCUUGAUCAACAUGCAUUACAAUGUUCAUCGAUUUGUGAUGGCAAGUCUUUUUUUGUCCUUUUCAAAUCACUGAAGAGAUUUUAUUCACAUUCUGGUCGGCCUGCUGUGUGGUGGUAGUUUCUUGAAGCCAAGUGUUGAGACUGUUGAUGUAGCAGGAGUACAAAUGUCAGUCAACACAUAUGUUGAGGAUUUACAAGAUGAUGCUUUUGGGGGAUCGCAUGAUGAGCGCCAUAUUUUUGCGGAGGUUUUCUUUGGAAAUGAUGAAGGUGGCACGAGUAAGAGGUGUCUUGUUUCUGAUGCGAUUGAUUUUGAAUAUGAGCAGAAAAAGAACAUAGGGUCUUUGUUACGUUCCAACAGUGAAUAUUCAGUGGUAACUACUCAUUCUUCCCCUAACAAUUUGCUUGUGGAGAAAUCUAUUAUCGUCGAUAAAACUACUAGAAUGCCUUUUGCAUCAGGAAUUUCUCGAGAAGUAUUUCUGUUGGGAGAUAGGGAUGACCAAAAGUUGAAUGGUAAGCCUAUGAAAUUUCCAUCUGUGCAACCACAAGAACUUGUUAGUGGGAUGUGUUGUCCAUUCAAGGACUUGCUGUGCCAACCUGUCCCAUUCUCCUUAGUUGAUUCAUCUUGUAAGGGCAUCACAUCUAGUAAUUUGGUAAAGCAACAUGAUGCAGGUGGUGAUGUGCAUAAUAAAGAUGUUAUGAAGAUAAUUUUUCCAAGUUUAGAUGGGAAUGAUGGUAAGCAAUUGACUGUAGGUCAAGCUGUUGCAUCACCAGUUUCUCAGGAGAGCAUUGCAAACAGGAUUUUGAUUGCAAGUCCGAAGGCUGGAUGUCCUCCAUGCCCCGUGGAAAUGCCAAAGGGGUUUCCGCUACCAGCACUAGAUUCAUCUUGUGUUUCCUUGAAGACAGAUUGUGGGAAGGAUCCCCGCCCUCGUCUCCAGAACCAUAUUAUGCACUUUCUCAUGUCAGCUGGCUGGAGUGUUGAGAGGAGUAAAAGACCCAGCAGGAAAUACAUGGACACAAUCUACCGAUCACCUACAGGGAGAUUAUAUCAUGAAUUCCCUAAAGCUUGGAGAUUCUGUGGUCAGCUUCUAUCAGGUGACGGCAACAGUUUGGUUAGGGAAGAUAAUGGUAAAAAAUGGACUGACAUCUCUCAAUUCUUCUCCGAUUUAUUGGAUACUUUGAUGAAUAUCGAGAAAGAAAAUAAUCAGUCUGAUCUUGCUGCUGCAUUGGCUCAUCAGUGGAUGCUUUUGGACCCCUUUGUGUCUCUGGUCUACAUUCAAAGAAAUUCUCUGCAGCAAUCUCUAGAUAACUGUCCAAACAACAAUGGGGAUAUUCAGGUUCAUUCCCAUGAGUUCACUGGUGGUGAUUUGAGAAAAAGUUCUUGCAGAAAUUCCAGAAAGAUAUCUGAAACGAAGAAAAGCAUUGUGGACAAUAGCAACUCCGUAGUUUCAGUUCCUAAUAACACAGCUUCGCAAGACGUUGAUGGGACUAGGCCACAGUGGAAAGAAGCGGAGUUUUUUCCCAACACCUGUGCAAAAGUUUGGGAAAAUCAUAAAAUGUCAUCUAAUCUCAGCUUUAGCCAGCUGGAUAUUAAAAAGAAGGGCUCAAACUCUAAGAAGCUUCACCACAAGGAUGAUGAUUAUAAAAAUGGACAAAAGAAGCCAAGAAGAUGUCAAAUUAAAGAUGAUGACCUGUUGGUCUCAGCCAUAAUAAAGAAGAAAGAUUUCAGGUUGAGUGUUUCUAAAUCUACCUCUAGAAUGGCCUCCAAGUCAAGAGCUCGCAGAAAGAUUAAGAGUCGAAAAGCUACUUGCUGGUUGUGUCCUGAAAAUCUGGCUAAUGGCAAGCGGUCAACCUUGAGGCCGAGAACAAUUUUGUCAUGGCUAAUCGAAGGUGGGUUCAUAACUCUGAAUGAAGUGAUUCAGUACCGGAACCCAAAGGAUGAUUCUGUAAUUAAGGAUGGCCUGGUUACCCGGGAUGGAAUCAUCUGCAAAUGUUGCAGCGAGGUAUUUUCAGUUUCUGGCUUCAAGAGUCAUGCAGGAUUCAAGCAGAGUCCUCCGUGUUUGAAUAUAUUCAUGGAAUGUGGUAAACCUUUCCCAUUAUGUUUGUUGCAAGCUUGGUCAGAGGAGUACAAGACAAGGAAAAAUGGCACUUUAAUACUGCAAGAUGAUGACAAUGAUCAAAAUGAUGAUUUGUGCGGAAUCUGCGGUUAUGGGGGUGAGUUGAUAUGCUGUGAUAACUGCCCCUCAGCUUAUCAUCAGGCUUGCUUGUUUACUCAGGACCUCCCUGAACACAGCUGGUACUGCGGUAACUGCACCUGCCAAAUAUGUGGCAAUCUGAUUAAUGGUGCCGAGGCUUCAUAUGAUGAUGCAUUGAAAUGUUCGCAAUGCGAGUGCAAAUAUCACAAGGCAUGCCUGAAAGGCGAGAAAAUGUAUGGCCAAGCAGUUUCUCUUACGGGGUUUUGUGGUGGAAGUUGUCUAGAGGUUUACUCAGGUCUUCGAUCUCGUAGUGGGAUUAUGAAUCAUAUCAAUGAUGGUUUUUCCUGGACACUUCUAAGAUGCAUUCAUGAAGACCAAAAGGUAAAUACUAUGCGCCAUUUUGCUUUGAAGGCUGAAUGCAACACAAAGUUGGCUGUUGCUCGUACUAUCAUGGAGGAAUGUUUUCAGUCCAUGGUAGAUCCGCGAACAAGCAUUAACAUGAUACCUCAUCUUUUAUACAACCGGGGGUCCGAAUUUGCUCGACUGAACUUCAGUGGGUUCUACACAGCGGUAUUAGAGAAAGACGAUGUGUUGAUGGCUGUGGCAUCCAUCAGGGUGCAUGGAACUACUCUUGCAGAGAUGCCCCUCAUCGCAACUUGCAUUGACCAUCGUCGUCAGGGAAUGUGCCGUCGCCUCAUGACUGUCAUUGAGGAGCUGCUGAUAUCACUCAGGGUGGAAAAGUUGGUGAUAUCUGCCAUUCCAGAUUUGGUGGAGACGUGGACGGAGGGCUUCGGGUUCAAACCUGUGAACGAUGAUGAAAAGAGGAUUCUAAGCAAGAUCAACUUGAUGGUCUUUCCCGGGGCCGUAUCGCUUGAGAAGACUCUGCAUAAAAAUGAAAGAGGAACAGCUUCAAGGGGAAGGCAAAGUCAGGAGGAUGUCGUGGUUGGUGGAGUACAAAAUGUGGUUAGUGUUGAGACAGAUCUCUCUGUGGAGGGAGAGAAACAAAAGUGUAAGGUUGAUAAGAGAUAAAGAGAUUAUUUUUAUUAUAUUUUGUAGAAAAUGAAUUUUGUCUGGAAUAUAAAUAUGAAAAAAUCCAAG